CACCAUGUAACAUGACCGACGAGCCGACGCUCGCACGGUUCCGCCUUCAGGCACAGAUGAGGGAUGAAGGCGCUGCGUCACGGAGCGGCCCCAGUGCGCAGACUCCAGGGGGAAGCUGAAACGUGAAGUGACGUGGGUACCACGGACGUGAGGAGUGGACGUCUGCGAAAACUUCGUAAACAAUGAGGAGAGUUGUGUCCGCAUCUUUUAAAAUUCAACGCUCUUGAUAUCCGCUGCCUCACAUUUUUACAGUAGCCUCAGUUUUGACAUAGCAACUUUUUCAUUCACGAAACAACAGAGCGCGCGCCGGCUAGCACGUCACGUAUCCAAGCUAACAGGCUGUAACGAAACUAGCCUGGGCCAUCCAUCCGAAGUCCGUGUUACGCGUGGCAAACGCUGUGUUUUUACUGGAGCUGAACAUGAAAAAGACCAGGAAGGGCUCGACUGGACGUCGUUGAUGUUCAAUCUACGAAAAACAGUACUAACGUUAGUUGACGCCAGCGAAUACCAGCCCGUCGGUCGAGCAGGGGAACACAAGAGCAAACUGUCAGAAUGGGUUCCGUGCUCCGGGGUGAGGAGAUGUGUCUGGCCCAGCUGUUCCUGCAGUCUGGCUCUGCGUACGACUGCAUCAGCGAACUCGGGGAGCUGGGGCUCGUGGAGUUCAGAGACCUCAAUCCCACUGUCAACGCAUUCCAUCGUAAACAUGUGAAUGAGAUCAAAAAAUGUGAAGAGAUGGAAAGGAUUCUUGGAUACCUUCUGAGGGAGAUCAAGAAAGCAGACAUUUCACUGCCAGAAAGUGAAGUGAACCCUGUUGCUCCUUUACCUAAACAUGUGAUGGAUAUAAUGGACCAACUGCAGAGACUAAAAGUAGAGUUAGGUGAAGUCACCAGGAAUAAAGAGAAGCUGCAAAAGAAUAUGCGGGAGCUGAAGGAGUACAAACACAUGCUUCGUAUUACUCGCAACUUUGUGCAAAGAACCUCUGAACGAGAGUCCAGACAAGUGCAGUAUGAGGAGUUUCCGUUCCUAGAAAAAGACCCAAAGAUGGACUACAGCAGCAUGCAGAGGCUUGGAGCUAAACUUGGUUUCAUCUCUGGGCUUAUUCAGACAGUGAAGAUUGAAGCGUUUGAGCGGAUGCUGUGGAGAAUGUGUAAAGGUUACACAAUCCUUAGCUAUGCUGAGGUUGAAGAGUAUCUGGAAGAUCCUGACACAGGUGAGCUUACCAAAAGUGUUGUCUUCCUGAUUUCCUACUGGGGAGACCAAAUUGGGCAGAAAGUGAAGAAAAUCUGUGACUGCUACCGCUGUCAUCUAUAUCCCUAUCCCAGUAGCAAUGAGGAAAGGAUUGAUGUUGUGGAAGGACUCGGAACUCGCAUUCAGGAUCUGCACACAGUACUUCACAGGACAGAGGACUACCUGAGACAGGUCUUGGUUAAGGCUUCGGAGUCUAUCUACACCUGGGUAAUCCAGGUCAAAAAGAUGAAGGCCAUCUACUAUAUCCUGAACCAGUGUAGUUUUGAUGUUACGAACAAGUGUCUGAUUGCUGAAGUAUGGUGUCCUGUCAAUGAUGUGCCCACACUGCGACGAGCACUAGAAGACGGAUCGAGAAAAAGUGGGGCAACAGUUCCUUCGUUCGUGAAUCGUAUUCCCACCAAAGAAACUCCCCCCACCCUGAUUAGGACCAACAAGUUCACCUCUGGCUUCCAGAACAUUGUGGAUGCCUAUGGAGUGGGCAGUUACAGGGAGGUAAACCCUGCUCCUUUCACAAUCAUCACUUUCCCGUUCCUGUUCGCCGUGAUGUUUGGAGACCUCGGCCACGGCGUAAUCAUGGCUCUGUUUGCUUUAUGGAUGGUGCUGUUUGAGAAAAACCGAAAACUUAAAAACACCAGGAAUGAGUUCUGGAACACGUUCUUUGAAGGCCGCUAUAUCAUCCUAUUGAUGGGCCUGUUCUCCAUUUACACUGGCCUGAUAUACAAUGACUGUUUCUCAAAGUCCCUAAACAUCUUUGGUUCUGGAUGGAGUGUAAAGCCCAUGUAUGAUGUGUGGAAGCAAGAGAAUAUUAAGGGGAAAAAAAUUCUGUCUCUGGACCCAAACAUUUCAGGGGUUUUCAUGGGACCAUAUCCUCUGGGAAUUGACCCUAUCUGGAACUUGGCAACCAACCGCCUUUCAUUUUUGAACUCCUACAAGAUGAAGAUGUCUGUGAUACUGGGCAUCGUACACAUGAGCUUUGGCGUCAUCCUGAGUGCAUAUAAUCACUUAUACUUUAGGAAGAAAUACAACAUUUACUUGGUAGUUGUCCCUGAGCUCCUGUUCCUGCUGUCGCUCUUCGGCUACCUGGUGUUCAUGAUUUUCUACAAGUGGCUGUUUUUCUCUGCUAAACACGUCAAUGCUGCCCCAAGCAUCCUCAUUCAAUUCAUAAACAUGUUCCUUAUGCAGGAUUCAAAAGUUCAACUAUACACAGGACAGUUUGGCCUGCAGGUGUUCUUGGUUGUUAUUGCUAUCCUUUCAGUACCAGUCCUACUCCUGGGGAAACCUGUCUACCUGUAUUGGCUUAAAAAUGGAAGCCAGCGCCUCGGAGUGUACAGGGGAUAUGAGCGUGUGAGGCAUAACAGUGAUGAGGAGCUCUGCCUGCUGAGGACACAUGACAUGGAGGAGGGCAGCAGUCACAGCGACUUCUCUUCUAGCGGAGAACACCAGACAAUGGAGUUUGACUUCGCAGAUGAGCUUCUGCAUCAGUCUAUCCACACUAUAGAGUACUGCCUGGGUUGCAUCUCCAACACAGCCUCCUACCUGAGGCUCUGGGCUCUGAGCCUGGCACAUGCACAGCUAUCAGAGGUGCUGUGGACCAUGGUGAUGCGAAUAGGACUUCGAAUGAAUAACAGCCUUGGAGUUUUAUUCUUGGUACCCGUGUUUGGCCUGUUUGCCAUUCUCACUGUGUCUAUCCUUCUGGUAAUGGAGGGUCUGUCUGCAUUCCUUCAUGCUCUACGGCUGCAUUGGGUGGAGUUUCAAAAUAAAUUCUACAGCGGAACUGGAGUCAAGUUUUACCCCUUUUCCUUCUGUCGUCUGUCUUCAAGUUUGGAAAAUGAUGGUUUACCUUAAAACUAUCUGUAGAGUGACGUCCUUUUUUUUCGUUUAAGUGGUGAACUCCAGCCUUGGACUGAAAAUCGCUUCUAUUUUAGAAACCUAGACUAGACAGCACAGAAACUUAGAAUGUAACUCAGUUACUUGAAAACUUAAAUUUUAUUUUUAGUAACAUUUUUAGGAUACAAAGGUUAAAAAAAAACAUAAUUUGGUUUAGUUGUUCUUUCCAUGGAAGUUGCCAAUUAAAAAAUUUCUCACUUUUAAUCACCUUCAAUUUCAGUUUCCUAUUAUCUGUUAUAAUUGGAUUUGUAUGAAUGUUGCCAUAGUUAUACAAAUUUCCUUUUUUGUUGAUCUGCUUUCCAUACAAUGAGUAACAAUCCAACUUCCACCUUAAGUUUUACUGACUUGUUAUUGCACUGACUUGCCUUACAGAAUAAGAACCAAAGGACAGCAUACUGUAUUGUUCUUCAGGUUCUGUUGUAUUCUUACAUUGUGGUACCAAAACACUGCAAAGUAUCUUUUCUGUACCCAUAAGUGCUCAGGCAGGUGUGUCAUGAGAUGUAUAUACUUUCAGAGAACUAUUUUUUAAUUUGUUGUAUUUUAAAUGUUGGUUUAGAAUUAAAGAUGAGCGUUAAUGGGAAAUGAUUUUUAUUUUUCUGCAUUCACAGUGUUGCCUAAGCAUCUGCAGUUUAAUGUACAUUUUACAUUCCCUGCAUUGAUUUCAUCAGUUCUUUAUAGAGAUGCCUGCACUUUCACUGGCACCUAAGCAUGCCACAGAAAAACACUGCCACACUGUCUCUUAUUGCUGAUAUUGUUUUUAUGAUGUAACGAUCUGAGCGUGAAAUGUUCAUGAAACAAGUGUCAGUUGCUUUUAUUUAAGCUGCCUGAUGUUUUAUUAGCAGACAUUUGCCUUAAUUAACAAUGAACUGUGACUUAAUUCAAUUAACUUUUAAUUGUAUUUCAAACCUAGUCCAUUAAAGUGAAGAAUUGUCUUUUUUUCCAUUAAGAAACACUCCUGGUUAAAACCUUGUUCUUCAUCAUCUCUAAAUGAAUUAUUUUUUUCCCCUCAUGCAUUUAUUAAAACCAUUAACUUUGUCCUCAUCAUGCUGCAGGGUUUUACACGGUGAAUAUUGUGUGGUCCUUUAUUCAGUACAUAUAAAAACUAGAGGGGUAAAUAUUGGUGAUAGAGUAAAGGACAAAGCUUGUUAAAAAAGAUGAUGUACGUUUUGUGGAAUUCUAUCGACCAUGAUAUGUAAAAUCAUUAAUUGUUGAUGAAGCUCAGUAAUCAUGUACAACAAUAAAACAACAAACUUUGA